AUGAGGGUCUGUGCGCGGAAGCAUAACGUGCCAAUUCCAAAUGAUCAACAAUAUGGUUAUGCUUUCGGCUUCGGAUCUCUUAAUGAAACCGAGGAAAUGUGUCGAGAGACUAAUGGUGAUGUCUUUCCUCAUUCCCUAUGCUUUACGCACAGAACGCGGGGCCAUAUUACCGUAUUCCAGUGCAUGCAGAGGGUUUUAGAGCAGAAAUGUCGACACACCGCGGAGGAGAGCUACCUCAAGACAAUUUGGUCUUUUACAAUUGACACUCGACGUUUUGAACAGGCUGCAACCUACUUAUGCAAAGUGCAUAAUCUCCAAAUUACUAAAUGUUGUCCAUUUCCAUAUGCAGUAUUUCGGCGGCACUCGAAUGGGUGUCUCAGGGUGCAGGAGAAGAAAGCGGAGAUCUGCUCUCAACGAGAAAAUUCCACUAUGCGUGAAGUGUUGCAGGCAUUAAGGAGUGAGAAAGCCAAAUCCUACCCAACAUUAGAAAUCUAUCUCGAACGAUUAAAAUCCAUUCUUGAAAACUAUGAUUGCAAGUAA